GCAACAUGUGUUGGAUAAUUCCAGAAGAAGCUUCGCAGUUUCUUAGCUGUUGCAGGGUUGUGGUAAGCAGCCGUACUUGGCUCGAGGUUGCUCAUCGUUUUUUGUAUUAGUCGAGUGUCAAAAUGUUAAACGUCCAGAGAAAUGUUUGGAAGGCGUGCAGGAGCAGCCUCCAGUCAGACCUCCUCAGAACGCUGACCAGACGAGACUAUGCGUCCGAAGCCAUUAAGGGAGCGGUCAUCGGCAUCGACCUGGGAACCACUAACUCGUGUGUUGCGGUUAUGGAGGGGAAGCAGGCCAAGGUUCUGGAAAACGCAGAAGGAGCCAGGACGACUCCGUCUGUGGUCGCCUUCACAGCAGAAGGUGAGCGCCUGGUGGGAAUGCCCGCCAAACGCCAGGCUGUCACCAACCCGAAGAACACGCUCUACGCCACAAAGAGGCUAAUAGGACGGCGCUUCGAAGACCCAGAGGUCCAGAAAGACUUGAAGCAUGUCCCAUUCAAGAUUGUGCGAGCCUCUAAUGGCGAUGCUUGGGUGGAGGCUCACGGGAAAAUGUACUCCCCCAGCCAGGUUGGAGCCUUCGUCCUCAUGAAGAUGAAGGAAACAGCAGAGAGCUACUUGGGCAACAAGGUGAAGAACGCAGUCAUCACGGUUCCUGCCUACUUCAACGACUCCCAGAGACAGGCUACCAAAGACGCAGGUCAGAUUGCUGGUUUGAAUGUGCUGCGUGUCAUCAACGAGCCAACAGCUGCAGCUCUGGCCUACGGCCUGGAUAAAACCCAGGACAAGAUCAUUGCUGUUUAUGACCUGGGUGGUGGUACCUUUGAUAUCUCCGUCCUGGAGAUCCAGAAGGGCGUUUUUGAGGUGAAGUCCACAAAUGGAGACACAUUUCUGGGAGGAGAAGACUUCGACCAGCACCUCCUCACACACAUAGUGAAGGAAUUCAAGAGAGAGUCUGGUGUGGACCUCAUGAAAGACAACAUGGCUCUUCAGAGAGUGAGAGAGGCUGCUGAGAAGGCCAAGUGUGAGCUGUCGUCUUCACUGCAGACUGAUAUCAACCUCCCCUACCUCACCAUGGACGCCUCUGGUCCCAAACAUCUGAACAUGAAGCUGACUCGUGCCCAGUUCGAGGGCAUCGUGGCCGACCUGAUUCGCCGCACCGUGGCUCCGUGUCAGAAGGCCAUGCAGGAUGCCGAGGUGUCCAAAGGAGACAUCGGGGAAGUGCUGCUGGUGGGAGGCAUGACCCGCAUGCCCAAGGUUCAGCAGACGGUCCAGGACCUGUUUGGCCGAGCUCCCAGCAAGUCUGUGAACCCAGACGAGGCCGUUGCUAUAGGAGCAGCCAUUCAGGGCGGCGUUCUGGCUGGUGACGUCACAGACGUGCUGCUUCUAGACGUGACUCCUCUGUCUCUGGGGAUCGAGACUCUGGGAGGCGUCUUCACCAAGCUCAUCAACAGGAACACCACCAUCCCCACCAAGAAGAGCCAGGUGUUCUCCACAGCAGCUGAUGGACAGACCCAGGUGGAGAUCAAGGUGUGUCAGGGGGAGCGAGAGAUGGCCGCAGACAACAAGGUGCUGGGCCAGUUUACGCUGGUGGGAAUCCCCCCCGCUCCUCGGGGAGUCCCUCAGAUCGAGGUCACCUUUGACAUCGACGCCAACGGGAUCGUCCACGUGUCCGCCAAGGACAAGGGGACAGGUCGCGAGCAGCAGAUCGUGAUCCAGUCAUCAGGAGGCCUCAGCAAAGAUGACAUCGAGAACAUGAUCAAGAAUGCUGAGAGGUACGCCGAGGAGGACCGCAGGAGGAAGGAAUGCGUGGAGGCUGUCAACAUGGCUGAGGGCAUCAUCCAUGACACAGAAUCCAAGAUGGAGGAGUUUAAGGAUCAGCUGCCUGCUGACGAGUGCACCAAGCUGAAGGAGGAGAUCUCAAAGGUGCGGGAGCUGUUGGCCAAGAAGGACUCUGAGACGGGGGAGAACAUCAAACACGCAGCCAGCAGCCUGCAGCAGGCCUCACUCAAGCUCUUUGAAAUGGCCUAUAAGAAGAUGGCAGCAGAGCGAGAAGGCAGUAGCAGCAGCAGCAGCUCAUCAGAAGGAGAGAAGAAGGAGGGCCAGCAGUAGACCUCUACACCCGUCUGUAAUUUAUCUGUAAAUCAAACGUGAAACAUUUUAUAGGUUGUUUUUCUUUUUUUAUAUCUGAAAUCUGAGUUUUAGUUUGUGUUUCCUCCCUGAGGCUCAUCAGUGUGUUCAGACACCAGCCUGUCUCAGGUGUUCCUCUCACCGGUCUUCAGAAAUCCACCCGCAUCAUCCGAGCUGACCAUAUAAUAAAGUUAUUACAUAAAAGCAGCUCUAGCGUCAGUGACGGACGUGUUUGCUGCCACCUGCUGGUCAUCCGUAUAAGUAUUUAUUCUGACUAACAAGGAUAGUGUUGGUCAGGUGACCCAGGAGGUUGCAGCUGGCUGGUCAUGUGGCCGAGUCCCCCCCCCCCCCCCCGAUCUGGACACCUAAACACACCUGUGUCAUUCCACAGCAGGAGAAAGCGUUGCUGCCACAAACUCUUCUUCUGGUACCCCCCACCCCCCAGGGGAGCCUGCUCUGGCCAACAGGAAGUGGGUUUUUUGUGUUGGGGGGGGGUGGAAGUGAGGGUGGUAGUCUGCAGUCUUUUGUAAUAAAACAUAAAACUGG